CUUCUUCUCUUCCUUACUUCCCUAAUCUUUCGUACUUAUAACCUGACAUCGUAGCUUUGUGUGAAAUUUAGGUUUUUAGGCAGAGAACAUGGCUACAACGUCUCUAAGCAAGAGGAAGUCUAUCAAAACCGAAGGCAGUUUGGUGAAAGAUAGGUUAAGUGGUUUGCCAUGCGAUGUGUUAUGUCGGAUCCUCUCUCAACUCUCUACCAAGGAAUCGGUUAGCACCAGUAUCUUGUCGAGGCGUUGGAAAGAUCUCUGGUCACAGGUUCCUGCUUUGGAUUUGGGUUACGGUGAUUUCAAAGAUACUGAUUUCGAUUUGAUGGGCUUUAUAGAUUGUUUUUUGGAACCUGACCUGGCUUUAGACUCGUUCAAGUUGGUUUAUGAUGUCGAUAUUGAGCACUGUCACGAGAGUUUUGUGUCCACGAUAGAUGAAGUGGUUGAGCGUGGAGUUAGUCAUCUAACUAUUCUGAAUAUGGUGGAUGUUGAUGAUGCCUUGGUUAGGAUGCCUCUCUCGCUCUAUUCAUGCUCGACAUUGGUGGAUUUGACUCUCUACGCUGUUGUCUUUGAUCAUCCACAAUCAGAAUUGGUUUCGUUACCUCGUGUCAAGACUAUGUAUUUAGAGGGGGUCAAGUUUGAUGGCCAUGCUGUUCUGAAGAAUCUCAUCUCAAGCUGUCCGGUUCUCGAGGAUUUAACCGUGAUUACACAUCCUGAGGACUAUAUGGAAGUUGUAUGUGUUCGUUCUCAAUCACUGAAAAACUUCACACUAAAGUCUCAGCGUGAUCCCGAGGAAGAAGAACAAGAUCCCAAUGUUGUAAUCGAUGCUCCGAGACUCGAGUACAUGAGUGUCUGUGAUUACCGGCCUGAACGCUUUGUCAUACGUAAUGUUGGCCCCAACGCAAAGGUAAACGUCGAUGUUAUGUUUGACGACAUCGACCUUGAUGAUCCGUUGGAGGUAAAGAAGAUCCGUAAAUUCCUCUUUGGGAUAUCCAAAUUUCACGAGGUGACCAUCUCAGCUGGAACCUUAGAGUUCAUCCAUGAGUACUCCCAGGUGGGAAAGUUGCCUAAGUUUCUCAAUUUGACUCGAUUGGAUGCUUCACUAGUGAAGUCUUCGUGGGAAUACCUACCAGCCUUUUUGGGAUGCUGUACGAAUCUACAUUCGCUGAUUCUGGAACUUGACCGUAUCCCAGAGAUAGAGGAGAUUCAAUUUUCACCAGUGCCUCAAUGUGUCUUAUCCUCACUCCACUCCCUUCAGCUGAAGACACCACAAACAGGUGAAAAAAUAGGAGCUUCUGUCAGAAAGGAUCAUAUCAAGAAGUUUGAAGCUGAAUUGGAGCCUGGAACUUGGAAAGUUAUAUCAACUUUUGGUUUGAAUCUCUGUACAGGCUACUUGCGUCCUUCUCUUAUAAAGUAUAAGAUCAGUACCAGAUAUGGUACCACAAUUUUUCCUUCUGAUAAUGUAUCUGAUGAUCACUACUUAUCAUUCACAUCGUUUGAUAGUAUUCUUGCUGGAAAUCUUGACAAAAAUCUGCUGCUAGGUAAUUUCAUAAUACAUAUAUAUUGUUACUACUUUAGAAGGAUGAAUUUAUUAAUAGUUGUAUUAUCUAUAUUUACUGACGUUAUUGGUCAAGUAGUCAGUUCUGGAGGGCUAGAAGAAAUCACAAGUCGUAACAACAUUACCAUGAAGAAAAUUGAGUUCGAGAUAAGAGACACUGAGGAUAAACGAUUAUCAUGUACUCUGUGGGAAACCUACGCUGAAGCUUUAGAUCGUGCUAUCAAUGAGUCAAGUGAUGGUAUGGUUAUGUGUUUCCUACGCUUUGUUAAACAAAACAGCUUCAAAGAAAAACGAUACAUUGAGAAUGCUUUCAAUUCUUCUAUCUUGAUGAUCAAUCCUCAAUUACCAGAGAUGGAGGCUUUUCAGAACAUUCUUCCUGCGGAUCAAUUGGCUUUAACAAUUACCAAUUCUGGUGGAAAGAGAGUUUAUAACCCGUCUGGCUCCAAGAAUGGUCUUGACUUCCCUUUGCAAAUGAUCGCUGACGUACUUGCUGAAACAGAGGUAGGAAAAUGUAGAAUCGCAUGUACUAUAUCAGCAAUCAAUACAGAUUGGGGUUGGUUCUAUAUUAGCUGUAGAAAGUGUAAUAAGAAGGUUGAUAAAGAGGACCUGACAAUUAAAUUGGAAGAUGUCAAGAAACCAAGCAAACCAAGGUGGAGGUGUGAAACCUGUAAUGAGUGGGCCACGUUGAUUGAGCCUAAGUACAAAUUACAUGUCCACGUUUGGGACAAGAGUGGUGAAACCAAAAUUUUCCUGUUUGAUAGUUGGGCAUAAAAAAUCGUGGGUGUUUCCGCAGCUGAAAUACUAAAUGGUUCAUUUGAAGAGAUUAUGGAUCCUACUAUGAUCCCUGAUCAGAUUAAGACUGUGUGUGGCAAGACAUUUCAAUUUCUGAUAUGUAUUGCUGGGGACAAUCUGUCUGGUGCUAAUGAUAGUUACAAGGUUGCUAAUGUCUGGGAAGGCAAUAAAUUUAUGGAAAUUGGCAUCACUAAUGAUUACUAAUGGCACUGAGCCUUAUGAAACUGAUCAUUCUUCCAGUUCAACUCCUUCGUCGAAGCGCAAAACAGAAUCGACAGACCCUAACAUUGAUCAAUCAUCUACAAGUAAGAAACAAUGUUCCAAUCUCUCUACUGAUUUCACCAAAUAUAAAGGAGAUUAUCUUACCAAGGAUUUGAAUGAAGUCAUUAGCUGUGAAGAUGUUGAUCACGGAAAAGCAUAGUCAUACUCCAUGUUUGGUUUCCAAUUAUUUUCACAUUUUUCACUUGAACAAUAAAAAGCAUUUUUAAAUGCUUAAUUUUAAACUUUCUUGGUUAUUUAUUUGGUUCAGUUU